AUGUCCCUCUACUUUGACGCAGUGACCGUCUUGACGGCCCCGUCGUCAGGCGGGUCCUUCAAAUCUCGCAUCUACAGCGCCAAGAACCUCCGCGCCACGCCCUCCCAGAUCUACGCCCUAGUUGUUGAAGCUGCGAAAUGGGACCGAGUCCUAGCGGAGGUGAUUGAGCGGGCCGGUCUUCUCAAUUUAGAGCGCAAGUUGACCCCUCUUCUUGCGCUCCUCCUCGUACAUGACCACCUUAUUUCGAAAAAUGGCAUUGCGGCGCCUGCGGCACACCCACUUCGCCAGGCUGUGGAGCGGCAUAAGGUCCGCUUAAAGGCUGAGCUUGCAAAAGCUCGUGUUCGACGGGGCUGUGCAUCAUUGGCAGACCUAAAAGCUACCCUGUUGCGAGAGAAAAGAGAAGCCAAUGGCAUUAGUGGCUUUGUCUAUCCGCGCUGGGUGCGGAUCAAUAAUAUCCGGUCGAGCUUCGAGGAGCAAAUGCAGACGACAUUCUCCGCAUACAAGACGGUGGACUCUCUGGCAGGCUUAGCAGUGGAUAGUGAUGAUCGGGCCGCUCAGCGGCUACUAUUUGUCGACCCCAAUAUUCCUGAUCUGAUAGCGAUUCCAUACGGCGCAGAUAUCACAUCCACCCCCGCUUACAAAAAGGGAGAAAUCAUCCUGCAGGACAAGGCCUCUUGUUUCCCUGCAUAUCUCCUCCUGGGCAAUGUGAGCCCUCAAAACCCAUGGCAGGGCGACCUUGUGGACGGGUGUGCUGCACCCGGCAACAAAACCACCCAUAUGGCAUCGAUUCUGGCGAAACAGAAGGAAACGAAGCCCCGCAACCAAAUAUUCUCAAUGGAUGCCUCCAAGCCACGUUCAAAGAUUUUGCAGAAGAUGGUCUCUCUAGCAAGCUCGGAUUCCACCGUCACUAUCCUGCCAGGCCAGGACUUCCUAGCUCUUGACCCCACAGAAGAACGAUUUGCGAAUGUUACUGGCCUUUUACUUGAUCCAAGUUGCUCGGGCAGCGGGAUCGUCGGCCGCGACGAUAUCCCUCAGCUCACAUUACCGAAAGCCCCCGAGACCCAAGGAAAAUCGUCGCAAGGUAAGAAGCGCAAACGCCAGGGUGAUAGCCAUGAUGACCCUAGGAACCAGCAAGUUCCCGCAGCUAGCAAUACUAGCAGUGCGCCGACGGAUGAGAAUGAUAUCCCAAGUGGCAUCGUUGACAGUGACCGGUUGACUAAAUUGUCGAACCUGCAAGCUCGGAUCGUGGAACACGCUUUGAGCUUUCCAAGUGCGACGCACGUCACUUAUAGUACUUGUUCUAUUCAUUUGAUCGAGAAUGAGGCUGUGGUAGAACGGCUUCUAGCAUCGGAUGUAGCUCGAGAACGCGGCUGGCGCCUCUUGCGACGGGAUGAGCAGCCGGAUGGACUUCGCAAGUGGAAACACCGCGGGGUUUCAGAAGAUAGGACAAGUACGGCCAUUUCAAAGACCGAUACCCCGAUGUCAGUCAAUCUCUCUCAGGAUGAUCUGGAAGCUUGUCUGCGCUGUUGGUCGGGAGAUGCAGAAGGACUUGGUGGAUUCUUCGUGGCCGGCUUCGUUCGCGAUCAAAGUCUUGCAGGGCGACUAAAGAGAAGCGGUCAGACAACGGGUCUCUCGAAGACGAUGAAGAAUGGGGCGGGUUCUCAGAUUAGAAGAAAAUGUACCAUGCUCACUACUUGUAGGGAAUUUUAUAUACAUUUGCAUCUGAACGCGUCUCCACCAAUCAUGAUUCCAGUUCGUAGAAGGCAUGUACUUCGUGAAACUCGAGUUCCUUCUUCGCAAGCGAACUUUGGACGCAUUUAG